AUGGAACAACACAGACCGAGAGUGCACACAAACCACAAGUCUAUUACCCCCCCUGCCUCUCCUGCCUCCUCAGCCUCCCCUGCCUCCCCCUGCCUCCCCCUGCCUCUCCUGCCUCCCCCUGCCUCUCCUGCCUCUCCUGCCUCUCCUGCCUCCUCAGCCUCCCCUGCCUCCCCCUGCCUCCCCCUGCCUCUCCUGCCUCCCCCUGCCUCUCCUGCCUCCUCAGCCUCCCCUGCCUCCCCCUGCCUCUCCUGCCUCUCCUGCCUCUCCUGCCUCCUCAGCCUCCCCUGCCUCCCCCUGCCUCUCCUGCCUCUCCUGCCUCCUCAGCCUCCCCUGCCUCCCCCUGCCUCCCCCUGCCUCUCCUGCCUCCCCCUGCCUCCCCUGCCUCCCCCUGCCUCUCCUGCCUCUCCUGCCUCUCCUGCCUCCUCAGCCUCCCCUGCCUCCCCUGCCUCCCCCUGCCUCCCCCUGCCUCUCCUGCCUCCCCCUGCCUCUCCUGCCUCCUCAGCCUCCCCUGCCUCCCCCUGCCUCUCCUGCCUCUCCUGCCUCUCCUGCCUCCUCAGCCUCCCCUGCCUCCCCCUGCCUCUCCUGCCUCUCCUGCCUCCUCAGCCUCCCCUGCCUCCCCCUGCCUCCCCCUGCCUCUCCUGCCUCCCCCUGCCUCUCCUGCCUCCUCAGCCUCCCCUGCCUCCCCCUGCCUCUCCUGCCUCUCCUGCCUCUCCUGCCUCCUCAGCCUCCCCUGCCUCCCCCUGCCUCCCCUGCCUCCCCCUGCCUCCCCCUGCCUCUCCUGCCUCCCCCUGCCUCUCCUGCCUCCUCAGCCUCCCCUGCCUCCCCCUGCCUCUCCUGCCUCUCCUGCCUCUCCUGCCUCCUCAGCCUCCCCUGCCUCCCCCUGCCUCCCCCUGCCUCUCCUGCCUCCCCCUGCCUCCCCUGCCUCCCCCUGCCUCCCCCUCAUGCAUGCUCACCUAA